UAGGUGCACACAGCUUGUCAUGCAAUGAUUAUAUGCCGAAUGUAUUGCUUUCAGUGCUUCUGCUCUAUUUUAAAAACUUUACUUUUUGGUAUUUGUUUUUUAAGCUGCCUGGAUUGAGUCUUUGGAUAAAACGCUCUGGAUAUUUAUCGAGAUGUGUGUGUUUCAGUAAAAUGUGAUUUGUUUGUAGAAUGAUUAGCUAGUUAACGGUAACGUUACAGUUAACUUAUAGUCGUGCUCUCCACGCACAACAAGCGUUUGACACUAGGUCAGUUUCAAGUCUCUUAUUAGUCUGGUUCAUUAUUGCAAGUCAAUUGCUACAUCUAGACGAGAUUAGUUUACCCACUGCACGAGAACGUGAUGAGAGAUUUGUUUACUGAGACGCUGCUCCGCUCAGGCUAUAAAUACAGUAACGUUAAAUGAGUAAAGAUUGAGCUAGACUCACUCAGAGCUGUUGUGUUAUUGCUGUGGAUGAGUAAGGUUUAAAAAUGUGUCAGGUUUGUGGUAGUUUUCGUGUAAAGAAAAAACAGUGCAGGUAAUGCUGGCUGAUUCGGAUGUGGUGGAGCACAGGAGCAGCCCAGAGUCCUGGCAUCGGUAACUGACCAAGAGUGACAGAAACAGGCUCCCCUCUCAUGGAUGUCUGUAGCAAGAACUCUAAUCGCACCGCCCCAGUGAGUGAGGGGGGACCUAGGAGAGCUGAUGUGCCCCUAUGCUCUCGUACCAAUGGUUGGAGUUGGCCCCCACACCCUUUCCAGCUCCUGGCCUGGCUGCUUUAUCUCUACUUUGCUGUCACUGGCUUUGGUGUAUUUGUACCUCUGCUCCCCACACACUGGAUCCCAGCCGGAUAUAUUUGUACAGGGAUUACAUUUAUCUGUCACCUCUUCAUGCACCUGAUGGCCGUCUCCAUCGACCCUGCAGAUUAUAAUGUCCGAGCUAAGAGUUAUAAAGGACCCAUGCCGGUAUUUGACCACACCAAACAUGCACACGUCAUCGAGAACUGUCACUGCUACCUCUGUGAAGUAGAUGUGGGCCCUAAAUCAAAACACUGUAGUGCAUGUAAUAAGUGUGUGGCAAGCUUUGACCACCACUGUCGAUGGUUGAAUAAUUGUGUGGGCAGCAGAAAUUACUGGCUUUUUCUCAAUAGUGUGAUUUCUGCUCUCCUGGGGAUUUUUUUUGUUGUAGUUAUUGCUAGUUAUGUAUUUAUAGAGUUCUUUUUGGACCCAUCAAAACUUCGAUCUGACAAGCACUUUCAACAGGUUAGGAAUGAAUCUGUGGUGUGGUUUGUGUUUCUGCCGGUGGCUCCAGUCACUACAGCAGGUCCAGCCAUUCCCGCUCUUGCAGGAGUCACCAUUGCUCUGGGCCUACUCUCUGCACUUUUACUGGGCCACUUACUCUGCUUCCACAUAUACCUCAUGUGGAACAAACUUAGCACAUAUGAGUAUAUCGUGCGACAGCGGCAUCGACAAGAGGCCAAAGAUUCCAGAAAGCCUCCUCCAAAAAAUGAAUCUGGGAUUCCCAAGAUUAAUCUCAUCAAGCAGCAAGUCAGUUACAGUGGGACGCUCGGCUACACCAACCCUGAGAUGGAGGUACAUGAUCCAACCGCCAUGGGCUCUCAAGAAGGAACAGUGCGGUACAGCAACGGCCGGAUCAGAAGCUUGUCUGAGCAUAUGGGUGAGGAGCAGCUCCUCCCUGCUGUCUUAACCGAGCCAAAAGCAUCAUCUCACUCGCACAAACGCAUACAGAAAAAAAAGAGGAAAGUGCGUGAACUCGCAGCUGAGGUAAACAGUGACAGAUCCAUUGACACCAGCACCAACAGAGGCAUGCCAAAGACUCCUGCUGAGCAGGAGUCCUCUGUAGCUGCCGCCACUGUGUCCUCUUCUCUUGGUCAACGCUUACCCUUCCCAGCAUUUCCCCUGCGGGCCUCCCUCCCCCCUCUUGCACCCGUACAAGCCGCUGGCCCCCCUGCUGAGUAUCAUUCUGACUCCGCAGAAUCUCUGGAGGAGAUCCCUGUAGCAAUGGCACGGCUUGGCAGCGCAGCCCUGGCCGGAGCUCCGAACCCCACCUGCGCUACUACCACUGCUGCUGUUUCGGCCACUAGCUAUUCCUCUUCUCUCCAGUGUGCUUUGCCUUCCUCAGCAGCAGGACAAGCUUUACCCUCCCCUCAGCCCAGGACCAAGAGGAAAGCGGCCGUUCGUAAAGCUGCUGAGCAGAGGUUUGAGAUGGUGUCCUAUAACCCUUCUGUGUUGACGAGUCGAGAAAGCGGGGAGCCUGUAAUGUCCCAAGAGGGCAUUGUCACAGAGGAAAGUCCCCGUGUGGCAAAACGCAAACAGACAGGUAAAAAGAGAAAUAUGGAGGACACAAAGCCCAGCUCCAGAUUAGGAAACCCAAUGGUGUAGAGAUUACUACAUUACAGAGACGCAUAACUACUAGUCAGGACUCAUCAGCCCUUGGUUGGUCUUGUUUUUAUAUUUAAAAAAACUGGCUUGUUCGGUACAAUCCCAUGAAAACUGAUGUAGCACUCAGAACCUGAUGCAACCUAUGCAAACACCACUGAAUGUCAGCAAUGUGGAUUUUGUUGUCUGACCUUUUGCUGGACUAAACAUCGAAUGCUGGUUGUCAUUGGUCAGUGAAAUUUGAUCAUUCUAAAGACCUCAUAUUGAAUAAUAUAGCAAUAUGAUCAAAAUCACUUAUAUUGAAAUUGUGGUAAAAGUUGAUUAUGUAUUGAAGCCUUGGACUCUUCACAUAUUAAUGAAUCUUGUGAGGAAACCAAUACACUAUAUACAUUUAUUUAACCUUUUAUUAUAUUUCACUAUGACUUUGCUGCAGCAUUGCACAAAUUUCUUUUUUUUUUUUUUAAAUACUUCAUGCAGUGCUGCCAAUUUUUUUAAUUUAUUUAUUUAUAUGUGUUAAAUGCCAAAGUUUUAGUUUUCUAUGAUGAAACACAUGUGACCACUGAUUUUCAGGUUUUUUUAGUCCAUGUGUCCAUUGUUGCACAUUAAGUUACCUUAUUUUUAAAUUAUUAUUUGUUGUUAUUAAUUGUUGGAUUUCCUUUUUGUUGUUUUUAUAAGCUUUUUAUGGCAGAUUGUUUGAAUCCGAUCCAGUUGUGUUUGAGUGAACUUGAGUUAUGUACUAUAGAGUGCUUCUAGUGGGAUGUGAAUUUAAAUGUUAUUAAUGUUUUCUGUUAUCACACCAUUAGUACUCACUCAAGUGCUUUGCUUUCUAAAUGAACAUUUUAUAUAAAAACAGUGCCACAUGAUGUCGGCCCGUAUGAGUAAUCUACUCCCAUCUUAAAUGCUGCUCAAACAACCCACUUACACAUUAAUGUUCAAACUGUGAAUGGAAACAUUCUUGGUACAUAAUGUUUUGAGCAGAGGAAGUGGCUGAAUGAUGGCAUGAUGGUGAAGCAAUAUCUUUUUUGUUGCUUAAUUUAAAAAAAAAAAAGUCUGUUUCUCUUUAACUGUUUCCCUAAUAUACACUUUUUGUUUAAUUAUCAAUGGUUAUUUAUCAAUGGUUUAAAUAUCAUGUUAUUUUCAUUUAUUUAUACAUUUUUGACAUUAUUAUAUCAAAUUUAAAGAACAAGGGAUGGAUUUUCAUAAAUUUGACUUAAAACAUUUUUUUGUUUUUGCAGUUUUUAAUUUUUAUUUCGAUCAGAUAGUAUGGAAUAGCUGGGGUCGGAGGAGAGAAAGGGGCAUCGGUAAAAUUCCACGAGAUGGAUCCUGAACUUAGGACACCCGAAACCAUAGACAUCAUAUAGCUAGACACCCUAUCGACUGCUACAGCCUAUUGGCACGGACCGAAACCCCCUGAUGAAUUAAUAAAAGGGUUUAAAUCUAGUCACACUUAUUCUUUAAUGUAGACAAUUUUUAAAAAAAGGUAGUAAAUCUCAAACUCAAGCCAUGUUUGCUUGGAAAAGAAUUCUAGUUUACUACGUUCAAUUUAAAUAUGACAAAUAGAAGUAUGAUCAAAUAGAUGUUAAAUUACAUUUGGUACUGUUUUCUGGAAGGUCAAGAAGUCAAGUGGGUAGCUGUAUCCCACAGUACAUUCCACACACUUUGCCCUGUUUUGCACAUUUAGCAGAUCAUCUCGAUAUUCCAGGCAUGUGGAAAAUGUGCACAUUAUGUGCAGUAUAUAUACUGCAGAAGUAGUACGAUGGUAUGCUAUUCUGAACGUUAUUGUUAUUCCUGUACCUUUUCCUUUUUUUUUUACCUCAAUUUUUUCUCCUCAAUAAAAACUGCACAUGUAGCCUUGCA